GCGCUCCCGGGCGCCGCGGCGUCGGCCGCGCCCGCUGUGUCGCCUACGCGCCGGCCACGGCCGGCGCUGAGGCUGCCGGCGCCGUCGACGACGAGCCCGGACGCGAGGCCCGCCUCCGUGUUCCACCUCCUGGAGGAGCGGGGCUGCGUCCUCGGCCGCCUCCUGCGGGGCGGCAGCGGCGGCGCCCAGCUCCGCAGGCUGGAGGUGGGCGGCCAGAGCCAGCUCGUCAAGUGCGGGCUGAACGGCGAGGCCGCCGUGCGCUUGGAGGCGGAGUACAAGGUGCUCCAGAAGCUCCGAGGCCACGCCAACAUAGUGCAAGCCUACGAUUG